CGAGCAUAAAGAGGACAUGUAGCUCAGCCGUUAACGACACAGCUACUUAGCUUAGCUUAGCUAAUUAGCUGCCUCAUUGUCCAACAUCAUAAAUCAUCGACGUCCAAUAGUUUUAUUAUUUAUUUAUAAUAAACCGCAGCGUCUAUAUGUAGCGAAUUAACUCAUUUAUUUUCAAUGGCGUUCAAUGGCCACCAACGCGACGAUGAAGGUAUCGACGAAGACGAAACGCCCACGAAGCAGCCGCGCUCCGACAGCAAGGAGGAGAUGAUGCCCAACAAUGAGGCAGCCGCGGCCGCAGGAAAAGCAACAUCCGACCGGCGGAGCUCCAACUCGACGUCGAGGCGUCGGAGCGACUCGGUGAAGAAAACAAGGCCGCCAUUUCCCUGGUUUGGGAUGGACAUUGGAGGCACUCUGGUGAAGCUGGUGUACUUUGAGCCCAAAGACAUCACAGCAGAGGAGGAGCAGGAAGAGGUGGAGAACCUGAAGAGCAUCCGGCGCUACCUCACCUCCAACACCGCCUAUGGUAAAACGGGCAUCAGGGACGUGCACCUGGAGCUGCAGGACCUGACGCUGUGCGGCAGGACGGGCAACCUGCACUUCAUCCGCUUCCCCACGCAUGACCUGCCGGCCUUCCUGCAGAUGGGCCGCAACAAGCAUUUCUCCAGCCUCCACACCACCCUCUGCGCCACAGGAGGGGGGGCGUACAAGUUUGAGUCUGAUUUCCGCACGAUGGCGGACCUGCAGCUUCACAAGCUGGAUGAGCUGGACUGUUUGAUUCGGGGGGUGUUGUACAUCGACUCGGUGGUGUCCCGCGGACCCUCAGAGUGUUACUACUUUGAAAACCCCACUGAUCCAGAUCGCUGCGUCCAGAAGCCCUACACACUGAAGAACCCCUAUCCUCUGCUGCUGGUCAACAUAGGCUCUGGGGUCAGCAUCCUGGCCGUCUACUCUGAGAGCAACUACAAACGAGUUACAGGGACCAGCCUCGGUGGUGGGACCUUCCUGGGCCUGUGUUGCCUGCUGACGGGCUGCUCUACUUUCGAGGAAGCUCUAGAAAUGGCUUCUGAAGGGGAGAGCACCCGAGUGGACAAGCUGGUUCGGGACAUCUAUGGAGGAGACUAUGAGAGGUUUGGGUUGCCGGGCUUUGCUGUAGCUUCAAGUUUUGGCAACAUGAUGUCCAAAGAGAAGAGGGAGUCGGUGUCCAAAGAGGACCUGGCCAGGGCAACACUGGUCACCAUCACCAAUAACAUUGGCUCCAUCACAAGGAUGUGUGCUCUCAACGAGAACAUAGAGCGAGUGGUGUUUGUGGGUAACUUCCUGAGAGUGAACACGCUCUCCAUGAAGCUGUUGGCCUACGCCAUGGACUACUGGUCUAAAGGACAACUCAAGGCGCUCUUCCUCCAGCAUGAGGGCUACUUUGGAGCGGUUGGAGCCCUGUUAGAGCUUCUACAUCCGUCCUAAACUGUCCAAACUACAUCCAAAGAAGUACUUGUCAAUCUGCUGCAAACACCAUUAGCACUUUACACUGUCCAGAAUAAAUUCCACAGUGGGAUGUUGUGUCGGCCACCAGCCAGUUACUGGUAAAUUUUGGUUGUGGCAGGCAAACUGUCAAACAUUUGGAGGUCCUAUUAUAUUUUCAGAAGUCAAGCUGGUGAAAGUAGCUUCUAAAUUGUGAUUCACAUCUGAGGUCGUGGUCAAUGGAUAGAAGUCUGUUUCCUGCCCUGACCAAAGUUGUAUGCAGCAAAGUCAUUGCAGGACUUUGCAGAAACGAGCCAGAUUGGUCUGAAACAUCUCAUGGAAAUUCACCACGGUUGCCUGAAAUACUUGGGUUAAAAAGUACUCGACAUCCCAUAGUCUCGCACUUACCCCUCAGUGGGGUAUCAGGUCCUGGGGCUAAUAUUUGUAAGUACUUUUUAAGGUUUAUUUUAUCCUACUUUGGUACCAGGUGGAUGGUUAGACUAUAGUGUACGAGUUUAUAUGAUGGGUGGUAGAAUUUUAAGACAAUCACAGGAUAGAUUUUAAGUGUCAUUCUUUAUUUCCUGAAGACAAUGUUAAAGGCAGGGUGGGCAAUAUUGAGAAACUAUCAAGAGUACACUAGCUUUUUUUUUUUUUAAAUGAUCCAACCUAAAAACCCAGCCCAGUGUUGCCGACUCUUUUCCUUUGAAAGUAGCGAGAAGCACUAGAUCCAAAAGUCCCUAAAUCUAACGAGAAAGUCACCUAGUCGGCAGCUCGACAACUCUGCCUUAAAUUAACUGUUGGUCUUUAAAAUGUCAGAAAAUAGCUGACUUAAGUUUCCAGAGCCAAAGAUAACUUAUUUAAAAUGCUUGUUUUGUCCAAAUAAUAAUUCUAAAUCCAAAGAAAUUAAAGUUUCUAUCAUAUGAGACAAAGAAAUGUAAGAAAUCUUCAUAUUUGAGAAGCUGGAACCAGGAAAUUUUUGCAAUUACCAUGUUGCAGAUUAAUUUUCUGUUGACUAAUCCUUUCAGUUCUACAUACCUAGUUCUAAAUAACAACAUACUGGUAAUCAAACAACACUGGUUAAUCUUGUAAAAGUCAUGGAUGAUAUCUUGAGACUUAAGAUGAUUGAACUCUAAACAAACACUAAAAUUGAAUGUCUUCACUAACGCAGCUGAUUAUUUUCUUAUGCUGUAACAUGAAUGUCAGGCAAGAUAUUGUCAUUGUGAUAGUACUCCCAUCCAUCUGGUACUCUUAGUAAGCUGAAACAAUUAAGCACUGGGAAUCAUUUACAACCACUUAUUAUUAGUCUUUUAUCAUCCUAGAGCAUUACUCAUCGUCACCAUUGGACUUUAAAUGAGGGUGUGAAUGAAACGAGUAGGUUUUAUUGACUCACAUUUAAACUUUCAUUUCAGCACAAGAGGUCACCAUUUCAUCAGACUUAUUCUUUAAUGGAGACAUUAACUGUUACUUCUAGAGUUUACGAACCCAAGUGUUUACUCCAAGCUGUUUUUUUGCAACAGUGCUGGUAUCAGAAAAUAUAGACAAUCAGUUUGGGGUUAGUGAGAGCGGACUGUAAAGUAUGAUUUGAUCAAUUUAAGUCCCUUUCUGACCCCUGCCCUGCUGAAGUGCCCUUGAGCCACUGUAUCCCUCUAUUUGUAGAGGGAAAUCCGAGCAAGUGAAAAUUGAGGUAAAAUUAGGGCAUUGUAUCCCUGAAUUUUCCCCAGAUUUAAUAAAAAAGUUAUUUUAAUGCAGAAACUUGAUGCAUCCCUCCAAUGGAGGUUUUAGGUCCUGUGACCCCCAAACCAUUUUUGUCUUGUUCAGCAUCUAUGUACUUAAAUAUUGUUUUGAAUUAAAUGUACAUCUUUUUGUUUUUUAGUGAGGUAGACAAAUGUUCAACUUUGUGUCUCUGAUGUGUGUGUUAUCAGUAAGUUGUUCCAUUAUUUCAUUUAUUGCUUACCCGUCCCAUUUUAAUGUCAUCUGUUUGUUCAGUUAUCGAUCCAUCGAUGGAUUACAGGGACCAUAAUGAAUCCUCAACUACCUAAUGAAGAGAUUUGUCUCCCAACAUAGUUGUAAACUCAGUGGACACAGUUCUUCAGUUACUAGAUAUAAAUGUAUCUGAAAGUUGUAUACGCAGUAAGUUGAUUUUAAAUGAAGUGCCUGUCAUGUUUUUGUAUAGAAUACAAUAAUGUGUUCAGCAGUGUGAUUUAAAAUGAGACUAACUGGUCUGUAAUUCUAUACAAUAGGCGUCCUUCUGUUGUUUGCUUGUAACGUUACACUGCAAAGAAACCUUUGUACUGUUUUUGUAAUAGUCAUUACAAAUUUCUUAUUGCGUUGUCCCUAAGUACAAACUUUUCAUAUCUUUAUGA